GUUGAUUAAUUCUCCCUGAGGUCAGAACAACAACCGCAACAUUUUAUCAACAGAUAAGUUAUCUCGUCGAUCAAGAGCGAGAAUCACUCUACUUCUCCCUUCUCUACAUCUUCAUCGAAACAGAAAACCCUCCCGCAGAUUAGAAAAUGCACCCCAACGCAUUCUUCGUCAUUCUCGUGGUUGCUGUGUCCUCUCUACCGACACAACAGCCUAGAGAUCUCCUAGGUCUAGGUGGUCUAACAGAUUUGAUCACUGGAACUGUCAACGGUCUUCUUGGUAGUCUUCUCGGUGGCCUUGGUGGAGGAAAAGACUCUGAGAAGGGCAGUGGAGACGAUCUUCUUGGAGGUCUCCUUGGUGGAUUACUCGGUGGUCUUGGUGGAGGCAAAGAUGACGGAAAGGAUAAGGGAGACGACCUUCUAGGAAGUCUCCUUGGCGGACUCCUCGGUGAUGACAAAGACACUGGGAAGGACGGUGGAGAGGAUGAGUCCGACUCGCUCAUCUCAGACCUAUCCUGCCUUCCCAAUUGCCUUCUGAGUUGCUUGGGUGGAUCUAAGAAGUGUGAGAGCUGUUUUUCAGGUUGUUCCGGUUCAGAUACUGACAGGGCCGAGAACGAGAAAAGUUUCUUUGAUGAAGAGGGCGAGCAGGAAUUGGAUGAUUUCCCAUACAGAGCUGUCAAGACGUUGAAGGGAAACACUACACAAGAAGCUACUGCAACACAAACCACCGAGACAUUCCCUUCAGAUCCGGAAAGCGAUUCAAACCCCGAUGUAUCCCAGUGAUUGAAUCACAGUCGGAAGUGAAGAUGAAUGACCAAGGACGUGGUGUGGCUAUACUGCAUAAUGGGACAGGACAGCGCAUUGAUUUUUUGGAUUUCGCCUGUAUAUUACUGCGUAGAGGUAUCUAUGUA